AUGCGAAGUGAACUUUCACAGCUGAAAGAAAGAAAGAAAAAGAUAUUACGCUUCCACAAUUCUUUCUUUUACUUCUUUGCUUAUUCAGACCCUCUUCUUAUUCUUAGCUUAUUCCUAUUCUUAGUUUAUACUGAUCACCUUCUUAUUCUUAACUUAUUCUUAUUCUUAGCUUAUUCUGAUCCCCUUCUUAUUCUUAACUUAUUCCUAUUCUUAGUUUAUUCUGAUUUUCUUCUUAUUCUUAACUUAUUCCUAUUCUUAAUUUAUACUGAUCCCCUUCUUAUUCUUAACUUAUUCCUAUUCUUAGUUUAUUCUCAUUUUCUUCUUAUUCUUAACUUAUUCCUAUUCUUAAUUUAUACUGAUCCCCUUCUUAUUCUUAACUUAUUCCUAUUCUUAGUUUAUUCUGAUUUUCUUCUUAUUCUUAACUUAUUGUUAUUCUUAGUUUAUUCUGAUCCUCUUCUUAUUCUUAACUUAUUCCUAUUCUUAAUUUAUACUGAUCCCCUUCUUAUUCUUAACUUAUUCCUAUUCUUAGUUUAUUCUCAUUUUCUUCUUAUUCUUAACUUAUUCCUAUUCUUAAUUUAUACUGAUCCACUUCUUAUUCUUAACUUAUUCCUAUUCUUAGUUUAUUCUGAUCCACUUCUUCUUAAUUCUUUCUUAACUUAUUCUGAUUCCUUAUUCUUAACUUUUCCUAUUCUUAUUUUUCUUUUUCUUAUUCUUAACUUAUUCCUAUUCUUAUUUAUUCUGAUUAUUUCUUAUUCUUCUUAUUGUUAUUAUUUAGUUUAUUCUGAUCAACUUCUUAUUCUUAACUUAUUCCUAUUCUUAGUUUUUACUGAUCCACUUCUUAUUCUUAACUUAUUCCUAUUCUUAGUUUAUUCUGAUUUCCUUCUUAUUCUUAACUUAUUCCUAUUCUUAGUUUAUUCUGAUUUUCUUCUUAUUCUUAACUUAUUCCUAUUCUUAGUUUAUUCUGAUUUUCUUCUUAUUCUUAACUUAUUGUUAUUAUUAGUUUAUUCUGAUCCACUUUCUUAUUCUUCUUAUUCUUUCUUAGUUUAUUCUUUUUCCUUAUUCUUAAUUUAUUCCUAUUCUGAUUUAUUCCCUUCUUAUUCUUAA